AUGGCUGUGCUUAUCGGGAGGGGCCUGGCGCCGACGCGCCGCGCCGCGCCGCGCCGGGCCGUGACCGGGCAGCGCUGCCAGGGGCGUGAAGCUACAGAUGGACCACGCAUGGCUCUCUGCGCGCCCGCUCUGCUCUUGGCGCUGCUCGAAUAUCGUGGUCGUGAUCAAUUUCCAAAAUCUCGACGUCUGCGCUUCGACACCAACUGGGCUAACGGCGUGAACUGGAGCGCGGGGCGACCGCCGGCGCCGGGGGAGGUGGCGGUGGUGGACGGGCCCGGGGACGCGCUCCUGGACCUGCCGGCGCGCGUGCGGGUGCGGUCGCUGGUGCUGGCGCGGGCGGGCGCGCUUCUGCUGCGGCGCGACGGAUCGCUCGCGCUGGUCGACCCCGGGCCUGGCCGCGGCGCGCCGGAUACAAACGGCGCCCAGAAUUGGCUCGACCCCGAGGCGUGGGAGCCGGCCGACAGGACGUUGGCGCCGGUGUGGGCGGCGGUGCCCCACGCGCUGCGCGUGCCGUGCCGCUGGGACUUCGUGCUGCUGCCGUUCAAAACCACGUUCGCGCUGCGCCUGCCGCCUCUGCCGCUGACCGUGGCGCUCGUCAUCCUCAACCCUCCGUGGGUCGACCCCUCCCUGCCCGAAGCCUACACUUCACAGGACUCCUUCCGGUUGCGGCAGUUCAUCUACGGGCUGUCGUGGCAGCGCCUGGUGGACGACGGCCGCUUCGUGCUGCCGCCGGCGGGCGCCGGGGAGGAGGUGGGCGCGGUGCGCACGCGUUGGGGCCAGUGCACCGAGCAGGCCGGCUGCGCGUGCGCCGCCCCCGCCACCCUCGCCGCCGCCGUGGAACAGCGCGUCUGCGCCCUCCAGCGGCCCCGCUGCGCCCGCGCGCCGCCGCCGCCCUGCGAGGCGCCCGUGCAGCCGCGCGGCCACUGCUGCCCCGUGUGCGGUUGUCUCAGAAUAAAUGUUACAUACUUCAAGGACAUUGUGAGGAAACGAAAAUGA